AUGUCACGGCCCUACCACGACCCUGACAUGGCUCGAGCAUGGCGCUGGAACGAUCUGCACAUCGCAGGCGCACCUGCAACUCUAGACAUCCUUGCUGAGCAACUUCCUCAUAGCUAUGAACCGGAUCCACCAAAGCCAAAACCAACCGAGGCUCCACAGCCUAAACCAACUGAGGCACCGCAACCUAAACCACCAACUCAGGGUCCACAACCUCAGCCAACCUUCCCACCAGUUCAUUACGAUGACCCAUAUGAUGAUCCAAAUACCUGGCUGAACCGAGAAGUAAUGGUGCACUUGUUCGAAUGGAAAUGGAAGGAUAUCGCUGCAGAAUGUGAAAACUUCUUACAGUACUUCGGAUAUGGAGCUGUACAGGUCUCUCCACCUAUGGAGCACAUAACAUUGAUUCAAAAUAAUGAUAUGCCGUGGUGGGUCAGAUACCAGCCAGUCAGUUACAAAUUGGUCUCGCGUAGUGGUAACGAGGAAGAAUUCAAAGACAUGGUUGACCGAUGUAACAAAGUUGGAGUGAGAAUCGUUGUUGAUGCUGUCAUCAACCAUAUGACCGGAGUUGCACAGAAAAAAGGAGUCGCUACCAGAGACAGCAGCGGCGGUUCAUUCUUUGAUGGAACGGAUGGCGUAGAAAGCUUCCCAGAGGUAAGGAGGCGUGAGAUGAGGGAUGUAGACCCUUUUGGACCGCUCGCGCGCGACACCCAUUUCGCCGCUGAGAAAGUGGGCGAGUUGCAUCAAACAGCCAACGGAAAGGCAUCAUACGUUAAAGAAGACAAAGACAAAGUAUCUGUAUCUAAUAUAUGA